CAUGAGGAGGCAGCCCACUCCAGAACUACAACUACACUUGCAGGACACAAGCCUAAACCAAGCAGCACUCAUCAACCAAGUAGCUAGAAGACAGAGAGUGUGUAGUAGCACCCACAGACGAAGCAAACCAACCAAAAUUGUCAUGCUCCCACACCUACACCAGUGAUUGUGUGAAGUGAUAACACAGGGGAGAAGAGCGAGAGAGAGACAGAGACAGACAGAAGAAAAGAUACACAGAUAGAUCGCCAUGCCGCCUCAGCUGGAGCACCAUGAGCAGCAGCAGCAGACAGCCGGAGGUGGUGGCCACCGAGCAGCUGCACCUCCUCCUCCUCCUCCUCCCAACAGCAUGCCCACCUUUAGCAGCAGCAGUAGUAGCAGCAGCAGCAGCGGCACUCCCUCUCCUACUUCUGUUUCUGCCACCACCACCACCACCAACGUCCCCUCCGGCGCCGUCGUCCAUCCCACCACCUCCAGCCCGCCGUCGUCCGCCGCCUCCGCCCGCCCUGCCGCCAACUCCUUCCCUCUCGUCCUAAAGUUCGAGGAAGUGGUGUACAAGGUGAAGCUCGGGAAGCCGACGGCCGGAUGGUGCGACAAGCUGUCGGCGGCCGCGUCGAACAUGGCGUCCUUCGGCGGCGGGGACGGGAGCAAGAACAAGAAGGCCACUGCGUCGGCGGCAGGGUCGUCGUCGUCGUCGUCGCGGGCGCGGGCGCGGGAGAAGACCAUCAUCAGCGGCAUGUCCGGGGUGGUGCGCCCAGGCGAGAUGCUAGCGAUGCUGGGCCCGUCCGGGAGCGGCAAGACGACGCUGCUGACGGCGCUAGGCGGUCGCCACGGCGGGCGAGCGGCGGUGCUGUCCGGCAAGAUCACCUACAACGGGCAGCCCUUCUCCGGCGCCGUGAAGCGCCGGACCGGGUUCGUGACGCAGCACGACGUGCUGUACCCUCACCUGACUGUCUCCGAGACGCUGUGGUACACGGCGGCGCUGCGGCUGCCGCGGUCGCUGAGCGCCGGCGAGAAGCGCGCGCAGGCGGAGGCCGUGGCGCGGGAGCUCGGGCUGGCGAAGGUGGCCGGGAGCAUGGUGGGCGGCGUCCGCGGCGUGCGCGGGCUGUCCGGCGGCGAGCGGAAGCGCGUCAGCAUCGGGCUGGAGAUGCUGGUGGACCCGAGCCUGCUGCUCCUGGACGAGCCCACGUCCGGGCUCGACUCGACGACGGCGGCGCGGAUCGUCGGGACGCUCCGCCGGAUGGCGGCGCAGGGCGGCCGCACCGUGGUGGUCACCAUCCACCAGCCGUCGUCGCGGCUGUACCACAUGUUCGACAAGGUGCUGCUGCUGUCCGCCGACGGCCGCCCCAUCUACUACGGCCGCGCCGCCGACGCGCUCGACUACUUCGCCUCCGUCGGCUUCGCGUCGCCGCUCUCACUCAACCCCGCCGACCUCAUGCUCGACCUCGCCAACGGUAUCGCGCCGCAGACGACGAGCGGCGACGGCGCCGCGGACGGGAUGGCGGCGGUGACCAGCGGCAGCGAGAGCGAGCACAAGGAGGUGCGCGCCAAGCUGGCGGCGGCGUACGAGCGCCACAUUGCGCCGGCGGUGAAGCUGGACAUCUGCGCGCGGGAGACGACGUCGACGGCGGCGUUGCCGCCGGGCAGCAGCGGCGCCGGGCACGCGACGACGACGUGGACGACGGGGUGGUGGACGCAGUUCCUGGUGCUGUUCCAGCGCGGGCUCAAGGAGCGUCGUCACGAGUCGUUCAACAAGCUGCGCGUCUUCCAGGUGCUGAGCGUCGCGACGCUGGCGGGCCUCCUCUGGUGGCGCACGCCGGCGUCGCACCUGCAGGACCGGACGGCGCUCGUCUUCUUCUUCUCCGUCUUCUGGGGCUUCUUCCCGCUCUACAACGCCGUCUUCACCUUCCCUCUCGAGCGGCCCAUGCUGGUGAAGGAGCGGUGCUCGGGGAUGUACCGCCUCUCCUCCUACCUCGCGUCGCGCGCGGCGACGGACCUCCCCAUGGAGCUCGGCCUGCCCACGGCGUUCGUGCUCAUCCUCUACUGGAUGGGCGGCCUCGACCCGCGCCCGGCGCCGUUCCUCCUCUCCCUCGCCGUCGUGCUCUACAGCGUGCUCGUGGCGCAGAGCCUCGGGCUCGCCAUCGGCGCCGUGCUCAUGGACGUCAAGCAGGGGACCACGCUGGCGUCCGUCAUCACCAUGGUCUUCCUCAUCGCCGGCGGCUACUACGUGCAGCACAUCCCGCCGUUCGUCGCGUGGCUUAGGUGGCUCAACUACAGCUUCUACUGCUACCGACUCCUGCUCGGGAUCCAGUUCCCCAACGGCGGCGGCUACUACGACUGCGGCGACGGACACGGCAAGCUCUGCGCCGUCGCCGAGUUCCCGGCCAUCAAGGCCGUCGGGCUCAACAACCACUGGGUCGACGUCUGCGUCAUGGCGCUGCUCCUCGUCGGAUACCGCGUCGUCGCGUACAUUGCCCUCGAUCGCCUCAAGCCCAGGUGAUGAUGAUCAGCGGCCAUUGUCUGCAGCUGCAGUGGCCGAGAGCUGCCUGCCCAAACAUGAAAAUGGCAUGCAUCCGGCCAUGGAUGGAGCAGUAGAAGAGUCUGAUUAAUCAGUCAGCUCCAAGACCAAGAGGCAUUACUUAACUGGAAGAAGAGUUAGUUAAUUUAGGUGAUGGCGAGAGGUGAUUAGCGCUUAUUAAUCCCAUCGGGUGAUCAAGAGCAGGAUUAAUGGUGGUGCUUACUGAUUAGUGUACGUGGAUGAUGACGUGGCACGAAAUAAUCGCUAGAUUGAUCUGUAACGAGAAGAGAAGGAAGCACUUAGUAGUGCUCUGCUCUGUAUAAUACAACGAGGGGGAUGAGUACAAUACAAACCUGCAGCUAGAUGCAGCUUCUCUCUGUCUGAUACUCUGAACAAAAGAUCAAGUUCCAGACCUGUUACUCC